AGCUGGCUCUACCUCUGUUGUUGCAGCGCACUAGCCUACUCGCGGUCCGUGAGACAGAAUGGCGAGUCAGUGUCAGGCACGGAGAGCAAUCGCGGCGCAGUCUCGUCCAGCGUACGUUCGCGAAACAAGUGGAUCAGCGCUAGCCCUCGCCCCUUCUCCGUCGCCACCUGCGAAUAAAUGUGCUUUCAAGCCUCCGUUACCGCCUGACGGGAAAAAAUCGAAAUCUGGCGCAGGUGGCACGACAGGCGGGGGUUAUCGGGAUAGGGACAAGCAAGUUCAUCUGGCUCCGAGAAGAACUUUCCCUCCAACCGAACCUCAAUCGCGCGCAUCACUUUUAGACAACGCCACUGAUGCACUUCACUCUCUGGACCGCCAGGCGAUUCUAACAACCAUUGGAAGACUACAGCGGAGUCGAGCUUGUUUGGCUAACAAUGCUAUAGCACCAACUGCAGAUGGGAAAACAACUAUCGAGGAAGCUUCGGAUGAUGCAGUUUCUGAGGUCAAGUUCGCAAGGGCUGUCGCGGGCCGUCUGGUUUCCGUGUGCAGUCAGGAGGACAUUGUCACCACCUGUGUCUCGGUGAUGGGGAACUUAACCGCGGCGCAAAACCCACAAGACCACCGCAUGGCCGAGCCGUUCGCCAGCGAAGUUCUGCACCGAUUGGGCGAAGCACACGCUCAGGAACAGAAUCCGCAACGCCUCCGCCAAAGUGCUCAGUUUCUGUACCGGGUCAUGCGCCUACUCUUGCAACCACCACUCGGGGAAAAUCGUGUUUCGCGGAAACCAAAUGCGAAUUUGCGCUGCGGCGUUGCCAACGCUACGCCUCAGGCUCGGGAACACGACCAGCACGACAGGUUAAGAAGUGGAGGCCCCGAGCUUUCAGCUCCGAAAAUUUUGGAGAGCUGCGCCGCGGAAUUUUGUCGACAUUUAGAAAGACUGUAUGAAAAGCAGCUUCCUAUACCCGCAGACCGAUUCUUGUUUCUGUUGAUGUUAACCACAGCAGAAAACACUUCAACUACGCGCCGCGACCGACGACCAACUUACCCUUCGAACACAGGCACGCCACCGAGCCCUCCGAGCGUAAUCAGUAUUCUGCAGCAAACUUUCGCAAAGCCGGCGUAUUGGGAGCAGAUCAGCUUUUGGGGGGACCUUCGUCCUGUGGCACCUGUACAACCUCCACGACGUCGUGCUGAGUGUGGGGGCGCUCCCCCUCGCGUGCACGGGGAGCAAGAUAAUUGCUCCAUAAUCUCGGGGCCACCGACGUGUCGUAGUAGAAGCCAUGAACGAGUACAGAUAACGUCGCCGCACCUUCACCGUGCAAAACCCGUCGAUCUCAAUAAUUGCGUCCUGUUCUGCAUGGCUUUCGCCCACUACAUGAACAAUGUGCUGCCGGAUCUGCGACCCAAAAUGCCGAUUUACGAAGCCGUGUUUUUCAGCUCUGGUGGGGGGAUGAAGGAUAAACUACAGGCGGUGGGAGCCGAGCUGCCACUGUCUGUAGUUGGUACUCCGAGUCUAAAUAUGGACGGUGAUGCCCUUCUCGGCAAGAGCAUGCGACGCGCCAUGGUGAGGAUGAUGAUGAGUGUCGAAAGUGCUUUUGCGGUUGGUGCACGCGCGCCGGCCCAGGAGCAGUUUAGCCGCACACAGCUGCUGGACGUGAUGAAGGUUCUGAACAGAGCGCUGGUCCGAAUUCCUGACUGGAUGUUCGAGAGGGUACUUUACGGAGACUUGCUUGAAGUAGAAAAGGGAAAAAUGGGCCAAACGAUCCAAGCAAGAAAGAAAAACCCGCUCAGCAAGCUUCUAGCUCCAUCCCAGCGCGCCACGCUAGCACACAUUUGGACGACACAAAAUUUGGAAGCACUCCGGAGCCACGGGAAUAUCAAGUCCCCGGAUCUUAUUUCGCGGAAGGAGGAGACGCUGCCGGUGGAGGCAGGAAAUGAAGCGCUUGAUGACGAGUGUGCCAACACCGUGAGAAAAUUGGGUCGCUUGUUGAGGGACGUCCACUGCCUUUUCUUCGAGGAUGCGACUGACGGUGAUGGUCCUGAUGCAGCUGGACAUCAUGAGGUGCAAAGGCACCUCCGAAAAAGUGAGAACGUGAAAACAUCCGCCAGUGCUGCGCAAGCAGGAGUGACUACAACGCCGCUCUCAGUAGACAUUUUCACUCUUCACGACCGUAAUCGGGCUCCUUUCGGCUCUUCACAGUCGCCCACUUCCGUCCAGCAACCGUCGACCUUCUCAGACAUCGAUUGGUCGCUACUCUGUUGGUCAUACAGCGCCGUUGCCAUGGUUUUGGACGAGACCGUUUCCCGCCAUCAGAUAGAUGAUCCGACGCGGCAAAAGAAAUCCGAUCUUCUCGUUACUCUGCACGCAAAGAUUUUGCAAGGAAUACCUGCGAUGCUACGACUGGCGCAAAUGGUGAACGAAAACGAAGGGAACAAACCGGUAGACCGACGAGUCGCAUACUUUGCGACGCUGCCGUGGCAAGAAGCGACUACUUCAUCCAAGGCAGUGAAGAAUGGAGCAGCAGUAGACUCCUCAUGUAGGAGCUCCGAGUCCUCCAGCUGUAGGAAAGACAUUGACAUGUUCAAAAGCGGAAAAAUCCCAUCCGACCUCUCAAGCAAAGCCUCGGCGCUGCAAAAGGACGUCUUCCGAAAACACAUCGUCAACGCUUUUCGGAUGAGCAAGCAUCAGAACAAAGAGAUCACCCUUAUCCAGGAGUAUGCCACGGACUUUGUUUUAACCGUUGACCUUUACUGCCCAGAGCACAAAUUCGCCAUCGAGGUCGACGGGCCGCAUCACUUUCUUUUUGAUCUAAAAGCAGACCCUGAGCAAGAAGAUCUCCAUGGCGCCACGGCUAGGGGAGGAGGUGGAGCUGGAGAAGAAGAUACGGAGUUGUUGGCAGGACCGUCAAGAAUAGGAGAAGCAGGACAAAACUCAUCAAAGUGUCUGAAUGGCAGGACUGUAUUCAAACACGCGUUACUUGAGCGACGUGGCAUUCGCGUGCUUUCUUGGGCGUUCGACGAGAAAAAUGAUCAGAAGAUCAAGGACUUCGCAAAACCAUACUUGGUGUCUUUGGAGAUGGACACUAAGGCACGACGUCCUCCGGCGCGAGAUAGAGGUGGAGAUGCUCAUGCAGAAAAGGAGCAAAAUAAAUCAGCUACAUGCGAGGCGUCGCAGCCACUGCAGUGGAUGGCAGCUCGUUCCACACGAUAAUCUACUGUGCGACCUGGUGCAUGUCUUUUUCGUUUCGUCCG